GCGGUCCCCCGCACUGCGCCCGGGCGCCCGCCUUCGCUGCAGCUCCUGCCGCCCACCACGGGCCCUGCCUGGCCAUGGCCGCGGCCACCUCCCCUCCCAGGGCCGAGAGGAAGCGCUGGGGCGGCGGCCGCCUGCCGGGAGCCCGGCGGGGCAGCGCGGGCCUGGCGAAGAAGUGCCCCUUCUCGCUGGAGCUGGCCGAGGGCAAUCCGGCAGGCAGCGCGCUCUACGCGCCCAUCGCCCCGCCUGGCGCCCCGGGCCCCGCGUCCCCCGCCGCUCCCGCUUCGCCCCCCGCCGCCGCCGACCUUGGCCCGCGGCCGCCCGUGAGCCUGGACCCGCGCGUCUCCAUCUACAGCGCGCGCCGCCCGCUGCUCGCCCGCACUCACAUCCAGGGCCGCGUCUACAACUUCCUCGAGCGCCCCACCGGCUGGAAGUGCUUCGUCUACCACUUCGCCGUCUUCCUCAUUGUCCUGGUCUGCCUCAUCUUCAGCGUGCUGUCCACCAUCGAGCAGUAUGUCGCCCUGGCCACAGGGACCCUCUUCUGGAUGGAGAUCGUCCUGGUCGUGUUCUUUGGGACGGAGUACGUGGUCCGCCUCUGGUCGGCCGGCUGCCGCAGCAAGUACGUGGGCAUCUGGGGCCGGCUGCGCUUUGCCCGGAAGCCCAUUUCCAUCAUUGACCUCAUCGUGGUGGUGGCCUCCAUGGUGGUCCUCUGCGUGGGCUCCAAAGGGCAGGUGUUUGCCACCUCGGCCAUCAGGGGCAUCCGCUUCCUACAGAUCCUGCGGAUGCUGCAUGUCGACCGCCAGGGGGGAACCUGGAGGCUGCUGGGCUCCGUGGUCUUCAUCCACCGCCAGGAGCUCAUCACCACCCUGUACAUCGGCUUCCUGGGCCUCAUCUUCUCCUCCUACUUUGUCUACUUGGCCGAGAAGGACGCCGUCAACGAGUCGGGCCAGGUCGAGUUUGGCAGCUACGCGGACGCCCUGUGGUGGGGAGUGGUCACGGUCACCACCAUCGGCUAUGGGGACAAGGUGCCGCAGACGUGGGUGGGGAAGACCAUCGCCUCCUGCUUCUCUGUCUUCGCCAUCUCUUUCUUUGCACUCCCGGCGGGGAUUCUUGGCUCCGGCUUUGCCCUGAAGGUCCAGCAGAAGCAGAGGCAGAAGCACUUCAACAGGCAGAUCCCGGCGGCAGCCUCACUCAUCCAGACGGCAUGGCGGUGCUACGCAGCGGAGAACCCGGAUUCCUCCACCUGGAAGAUCUAUGUCCGGAAGCCGUCCCGGAACCACGCUCUGCUGUCCCCCAGCCCCAAGCCCAAGAAGUCCGCCAUGGUAAAGAAGAAAAAGUUCAAACUGGACAAGGACAAUGGGGUGAGCCCAGGCGAGAAGACGCUGGCGGUCCCCCACAUCACCUGUGACCCCGUGUCGGAGGACCGGAGGCCCGAGCCCUUCUCAGUAGACGGCUACGACAACACUGUGAAAAAGAGUCCCACGCUGCUGGAAGUGAGCACAGCCCAUUUCAUGAGAACCAACAGCUUUGCUGAGGACCUGGACCUGGAAGGGGAGACGCUGCUAACUCCCAUCACCCAUGUGUCACAGCUGCGGGAGCACCACCGGGCCACCAUCAAGGUCAUUCGGCGCAUGCAGUACUUCGUGGCCAAGAAGAAAUUCCAGCAAGCGCGGAAGCCCUACGAUGUGCGAGACGUCAUCGAGCAGUACUCCCAGGGCCAUCUCAACCUCAUGGUGCGCAUCAAGGAGCUGCAGCGGAGGCUGGACCAGUCCAUCGGGAAGCCCUCCCUCUUCAUCUCUGUCUCAGCCCAGCUGGGGUCACCUGCCCACCCCACGCCAUCGGCUAGCACCGGCAUCCCUGACUUGGGUGCUUUACCCCACAGAGAAGACGAAGGACCGCGGCAGCAACUCGAUCGGCGCCCGCCUGAACCGCGUGGAGGAGAAGGUGACUCAGCUGGACCAGAGGCUGGCGGUCAUCACAGACAUGCUGCAUCAGCUGCUCGCACUGCACCACGGAGGCCCCCCCGGGGGCCGGCCCCCCAGCACGGCCGGGGCCCAGGCAGUCCAGCCCCCGAGCGGCGGCUCCAUCAACCCCGAGCUCUUCCUGCCCAGCAACGCGCUGCCCACCUAUGAACAGCUGACCGUGCCCCACAGGGGGCCCGACGAGGGCUCGUGAUGGGGGCGCAGGGCCGAGGCCUGAGAGGGGAGGCCCGGGGGAGGCCCACCCCACCCCCGUCCGGCACGGCUCCACCGGGCCUCGGCCACCUCUCAAAGGCGCGGUCCCACUCCACCAGGCCCCAGACACCCGGUGGGCCAUGCGGUGCUCUGGCCUGGGCUGGGGGGCUCACCAAGACCACCCCUUCUCAGCCGGCGGGUACUAGACUUUGGCUGGGUUUGGGGGGGGGGGGCGGCCACAUCGCUGGCGUGACACUCAGGACAAGGCCGGGGUCAGGCCAGGCGCUCGGCCUGUCCCGUGUACGGCAGGAGGCGGCAGAGCUGUAUGCCGGCCCUGGGGGCUUCCUGCGGGAAGACGGGGGACAGCCUGGACAGGGUCUGUGAGGACCCUCCCCCAGUCUCAGAUCCAGGACCCGGGGGGGGCACCCUGGGAGGCGGCAGGCAGGGCAGGGCAGGCCCAGCCCAGCCGAACAAAGGAGGCCCACAGUCGAGGCCCGAUCGUGGCCCAAGAGCCCAUCCCAGGACCCCGGAGCGGGCCUGGCUCCCUCACGCCCCAGAGAUGCUGACCCUGGCAGGAGCUGGGGGAGCAGCUCCUGAGGCCACAGCUUCCAAUGGGAGGGACAGGCCCACCACUGCCCAGAGCUCUUCACUGGGGGCACACCGUCCAGCAGCAGAAUAGGGGUGCUCAGGCCCCCACUCUGGACUGGCACCUUCGCCUACCCAUUCCGGAGAAAAGAGGAGGGGCCCCGAGCCCGCUCCAUGUGCAGGCCUGCCUCCAGGUCCCUCCCGGUCCGAGCCGCUGAACAGACGGUCAUCCCCCCUGACCGCAGGGGAGCAGAUGGGCAUCACCAUCUCUAACAAGACAUGUGUCCUCCUGGGCGCUCCGCCCCACCAAAAUCAGAAUACCUUGUGGUGAUUUGGAAUCUGUGCUUUAAUGAAUUUCACGGUGUGAUUUUGAUUCUUAAUCAUGCAGGUUUUUCCUAAUAAACAUGGAAUCACAAAAUUUAA